AUGGCACGACGUGGAGAGAAAGGCAUCCGGACUUGUUCGAGUGCGACUGGUCUUGGAUGUGUGACGAGAUGUGACGUGCAGUAUCUGCAGGUGAGGCAGUUUCUGGUGAUGCAGGAUCCCGGUGGUGCGAGCACGCUGAUGGAAGGCCUUGGUGCAGACAAGAAUGAGAGAGGAGUUGAGAAUUGA